AUGCGACGAAACGACGACCAUCGUGAAGACCACUACGACUCCACAACAAGGACGAUGCCAUCUGACUACGGAGAUAGCAAGGGAGGUGUCGGAGCUAGUGGAUGUGGCCAGAAACAGAGCGUGAAUUCCAUGUGUUUGGUCGACUGGCCGGAGAAGAACUCUGAAGAUUUGGUUGUUCAAACAAGAUAUACAAGACAAGAUACUAUGAUUUCAUCAUGUGGAUCAGUUCAAGGUAGUUAUCUCUCUCUCUUUGUAUGGUUCAUCUGUUUCGGUAUUCCGGGCUCUUUACCAUUCUUUGUUUCUUAUUCUAUUGAACAAUUGCGAGGUAAAAAUGUCGAGGAGGAGAAACAAGAGGGAUCGUCUCCUGAAGGAGUUACAAAAGCAUGCUACGAAGGCUUGAAAUCCAACAAAACAACUACUGAUUCCCGCCCAAAGUCGGGAACUAGUCGUGUAGGUUCUGGAGCAUUUGCUAACUGGAAAAAACUCUUCAAAUUAUGGAAACAAAGAUCGAAAAGGCGCUUAGCUUUGAUCCCCAUUCUUUCUUCAUCAAAGUGGUCGAAAAAGAUAGCUAGGAGCGCAAAAGAAAAUCCUAUGGUGAGAGAUAUAUACAAGUUCAAGUCCUCUUUACAGAACUUUAGCCUACCCGAGAUCCGGGCUGCAACAGACAACUUUAACCCAGAGAACAUAAUUGGAAGGGGUGGUUACUCAGUAGUUUACAAGGGUCGGUUGAAAGACGGAAAGUUUGUUGCGAUAAAACGAGCAACAAAUGGGACAUAUGAUGAGAGGACAUCCAGUUUCCUGUCUGAGCUUGGCAUUCUAGCCCAUGUAAACCAUCCAAACACUGCUACAUUGAUAGGGUGUUGUGUUGAAGGAGGAAUGCACCUUGUUUUUCGGUUAUCUCGAUUGGGAAGUCUGGCAUCCGUUCUUCACGGACCGAAAGGUACACUAGAUUGGAGUAAAAGAUCCAAGAUUGCUUUGGGUACGGCUGAUGGCCUCAGAUACCUUCACGACCUUUGCGACAGGCAGAUUAUUCAUCGAGAUAUCAAGGCUGAAAAUAUUCUGCUUACAGAAGAUUUUGAGCCCCAGUUAUGA